GACCACAAUGCUCUACCGCCUCACGAUCGCCGCGCUCGUCGCCUCCGCCGGCGCGUUCAACGCGCCGAUGACGCAGACCCGCAGCAGCCACCUGGCUCGGCCAACGGCCGCGCGCACGGGCAUGGUUGUGAUGGAUGAGGUUGAGGAUAAGGUGAAGGGUAUCAUCGCGGAGCAGCUCGGCGUCGAAGCCGGGAGCGUCACCCCCACGUCCAGCUUCACCGAGGACCUCGGCGCGGACAGCCUCGACGCAGUCGAGCUCAUCAUGGCGAUCGAGGAGGCGUUCGACAUUGAGAUCCCCGACGAGGAGGCGGAGUCGAUGACGACGCCGGCCGAGUGCGUCGCCGCCAUCAAGACCAAGCUUGGCUGA